AAAUUGUUUAUGGCAUCCAAUAAAUAACAGCUCAGAAAGUGAAUAAAUAGUCCUUCUCUUCACAAUUCAAGCUUCACUGACAGUGAGUUAUGGAAAAGAUGGCCUUAUUCUCUGUGUUAAUUAUCUUAGCUUGUCUGCAUGUCCACAGUGUGAGGAGUGCUCUUGGUACCACAAAGUUAGACUGUGUAAGUGGAGGUAGUUUCACUGUGGGAACUGUCGACGAGGGAUAUGAAGGAGAUGUAGAGAUUAUCACUAAUAUCGGGCCUAAUGAUCGUCCAAUUCUGGAGCCACAUUUGACUGCCAAUGUUCUGACAAUAUUAGAGCUAGUUUACACUGAAGGAGACUCAACCGCUAUCGUACGGACCAUCAAACCACUGGAUGCUGAAGAAACAUACAUGUAUGCAGAUGCUGUGUAUUAUUUUAUCACCUGCGCAAGAGGGCCGAAAAACCACCGGACACUGUAUGUUCGGGAUGUCAAUGAACACCCUCCAAUCUUCCAGAGCAAAUCAUACAGUGCCACGCUGUCAGAGACGACGGCUUUGGGUUCAUAUCUGUUCACAGUGACGGCGUCUGAUGCAGAUGCAACUGAUACCAACAAAAGAAUUUGGUAUUCUGCACUGCCUCCAGCACCAGAUGCCUUUGAAGUGAAUGUAAUGAAUGGUAACAUCAGGUUGAUUAAACGUCCGAACUACAACAAUGUUCAACAGUACAUCUUCACCGUGGAAGCUAAAGAUAUAGGAGAACUCAGUGACACAACAACAGUUAAAAUAACGGUUAUAGAUUUUGACAACCUAAACCCUUAUUUUGAUCACAGUCUCUACAAGGCGUCCAUUGAGGAAAAUCAGGUAGGACACUUCUCAGAUAUCACUCCCGAGGCCAUAAAAGCUCAAGAUGGUGACACGGGAAUCAACGUGCCUGUAGUUUACAGCAUAACAGCAGUCCUUCCAAAUCAAUAUCAGAGCAACUUUGAAAUCGACCAAAACAGUGGGGUCAUCUCUGUGACGACGGCACUAGACAGAGAGGAAAUAGACCAGAUUACUGUUUACCUACAGGCAACUCAGCAGGAUGAUGCCAGCAAGACGGCUAAUACUGUGGUACUCGUCACCAUUGAGGAUGUGAAUGACAACCCACCGAGAUUUGAAUACACAACAUCUAUUCUGGAAAAUGCACUACAGGGCCAGUUUGUGCUUCAGACUAGAGUCACCGAACUAGACCUGGGUGGGUUCUCUAAAGGUCACUUUAUCAUGGAUAGCGAUACCUUUGUUAUCAACAGUCAAGGAGUAAUAUCACUCAGGAGCAAUGCCACCUUGGAUAGAGAAACUAUAGACAAUUACAACAUAGAAGUAGUAGCUGUAGACCAGCCUGUCGAUGGUUUGAGCUCCACAGCUCAGGUCAGCAUCACUGUUCUGGACGUCAACGACAACAACCCACAAUUCCUUCCUUUCCCAGAGCGCAUUGAGAUUCAGGAAGGUGUUUACACACCCUCGUCACCUGGAGAGGUGUGCGUGAUCUCAGCCACAGACUCUGACCUUGGAGAAAAUGGACGUGUCACCAUCACUACAUACUCACACAGUGAUUUAUUUCGCUUCAGAGAGGAUGGGACUUUACUAGCUAUUGGAGAGCUUGAUCGGGAGACACAGGAUGAGUAUGAUGUAGUCAUUGCUGCUAUGGAUCAUGCAGUCCCACCAAGAAUUAAUAUCACUACAGUGAGGGUCAGUGUCACCGCUGUCAAUGACAACGCUCUAGUCAAAACUGGCUCUCUCAAUGAGAUUGUGGAUAUUGAGAGCUCCUCCAGUAAAGAUCAAGUGAGAGAAAGUGAAAGUGACAACGAUGUGGUCAUCCCAAGAAAGCCUAUGCUCAAGCUGAAGAAUAUAAUACCAGAGAAAUGAUUCUACUUCCCAGCAUGGGCUGUUUGCAGGAUUCAUUUGUGUAAUAUUUUCCAAGACUUGAACAAAAAAAAAAUAUUUUUUUGAACCAGUUCUUUUGAAUAAACCUGUCAAAAUCUGUAUAAUUUUCCUUUGGUGCCCUCAUCAGAAUCACUCCAUCAUCAUGAACAUAAUGCAAAAUAAUGAAAUUCUGUAGUUUUUAUGAUAAAUGACCAAACAUUUACACACAUAGUGUACAAUGACAAAUCUCCUGAUUUUUUCCCCCCUCAUUUUAUAUCAUAUAAUUUGAUUGGAUGUAUGUGAUUUUGGAAUGUCCCGCAUGCUGCUAAAUUCAGUGAUUGUGAACAUGAAAUUCAUGUUGCAGUGCAUGAUGGGAGCCACCAAUUAAAACUCAUCCAUGGCUCCCAUCAUGCAUUGCAACAUAAAUAAAUUAUGCAGCUGAAUUGUCCUUUUAUUUUCAUUGAUUGUUCCAGUUUGCUUUUAUUUUGCUGUUGUUUUGUUGACUUUAGUAGCUUGUUUUGUGAUGUUGAGAACUGAUCUGUUUGCCAAUAUUUUGUUCAUUGUCACCAUUCUUGAGAUUCAUAUGCCGAUUCUUGAUGUCUGUGUCUAAACAAAGUAGUUUCUGUGCUCGACGUGUUGUUUGAAAUUGUCCUUAUUGCUGUUGGAUCUCAAGCUGUAAAAUUACAGGACUACAAUCACCAAUACUAAAAUUACAUAUCAAACAUACAAUCAGAGAUUUAGACUUUGAAUGACAUCAGUGGAUCAGGUCAUCAUCAGAACAAGCUUUAUGACCAGGUCGUAUUUUUUUAUUUGCAGGUCACAACA